AAAAGACCUAUAUUAAGCUUAUAAUAAUAGACCAAAAAACAGUUAAGAUGCUAAAGUAAUAGUACUUGGAGUUUCGAAGUCGUUUAAGCCCAUGUGCAAACCCAUCCUUAUCUCAACGUGAACAAAGAUCCAAGUGGCCACAUCACCAGCCCCAACUUAGAUUACAACGAACGGCUGAGAUUCCUCUGGACCCCACAAAGUUGUUCGAUCUUUAACUCCAGCCUUCAUUAAAUAAGACAUGGAUCGGCCUCAGUAGUAUCUCUUACACCGGAAUCUGGUAAUUGGGAUCGCAGAUACGCCGCAUCUGCUAAAAUACGCCUCAUCCUUAAUAUGGGCCUUCUCGACCAGUUGUGGGACGAUACCGUCGCCGGCCCUCGGCCGGAGAACGGUCUCGGUAAACUCCGUAAGCAAAACACCUUCGCCGCCCGAUCUGCCUCCGGCAAGGAAAUGGAAAGCGGAAGCGUAAGAUCGUACGGUGAGGAAUCGUCGGAGCAAGUGACGAGAGUAACACGUAGUAUCAUGAUCGUGAAACCGCCGGGAUUCCAAAGUGGAUCGCCUCCGGCUUCUCCUGCCGGUUCAACUACUCCGGUGUCUCCGUUUUCUGGAACUAGAGAAUCCUUUCGGUUUCGUAGAAGGUCAACAUCGGAUGCGUAUGAGAAGAGAGUUCAAAACAGAUCAAACCCUUCUUCUCCUUUCGAUGAGUGAGAAAUGAGCUACCACAUAGCUGAGGAUGUUACCUUUUGGCCUUUGUUGUAAUAAUUUUUGUUUAGUUUAUUUGUGUGCAUGUAUAUCCCUGUAAUGUAUGGGUUGAAUUGAAGUUUUGUGCUGCAGUUCACGUUAGGCAUUGCGCUCUGUUUGGUUUUAUUUAGCUUAUUUAAGUCUUAAUUAGGUGAGCAAUGUAAUGGUUUUAAGUUGUAAGUAAAGAAGUCCAAGGGGUAGGAUAGUGGUGUAUCUUAUAAUAUGUAUGUGUAAAUCGAGCCUUUAAUUUAUUGUGUUGUUUUUCCAUGUAUGUAAGUUUUCUCUUCUUGAAUAAUAACCUAAUUUCUUGGUAA